CGUCCCAUUCAGAUUUUUAUUUUCUUUAUAUAUAAUUAGGGUUUUCUAUUUUCCGCUCUGUCGAAUCUUCCAGACCCACCCAAAACCUAAUCCUCACCACUCCACCCGACUCUCCUCCUCAGCUCAGCUCGCACAAAGCUUCGCCGCCCAAUCGCCGAUCAGUUUCUCCGACCGCCGCUCCAUUUUGUUCAUAGAUUACCUUAAGCUGGUGGAUUUACUGGUUGGGCAGUUUUUGUAUGCAAUGUUGGGUGCUGCUUUGCCAAUAUUUGAGAAGCUCUGGGCCCUCAAUGGUGGACUUGCUAUAGCAAAAAUGAAGAAUUUCCUUGAGGGUUAUUGUACCCUGUGAUGAAGAAAUCAACACCAGUUCAAUGCUCAAUCGAUGCGGCCCGCAAGGUGUUGAUUCACGGGAAACUAGAGUGCUAAAAGACCUGCCUAAACUGUUUAUAUGUUUCUCUUUGGAGUUGCACCUCUUGAAGACUAGGAGCGAACUGGGAGUGUCAGGAAACUUGAUGUUCUGAUCUAGCAUGUCAAACAAUCUUCUGUCACCACGGUUGCCAAUAUCAAGCAUGGAAAUGCCUCAGAUGGACCCCAUUUUGAAAGGUAUGGACUCAUCAAUGCCAGAAUUUCAAAUGGCAGGGAUGAGUUCUGUAUCUAGUAACCCCGAGUCACAGAACCUUUCAGUAUCAAAUCAGCAAAUGGAACUGAUGCUGGAUCCUGUGCCUGACAAUCCUGGGUCACAUGGCUUAUCAAUGUCAUACUUCCAAAUGGGACACAUUGCUAGUGCGAAUGGGAAUCUUGGUGCGAAUGGGAAUCUUGGUUCACAGAAAAUUUCAACACCUAGCAAUCAACUGGGAGAGCUUGGAUCAUUGGCCAACAAUUCACAUCAAUUGUCAUCAAUUAAGCGAAAGGCGACAUUGGAACCCAUGACUAAUAAUCCAGAGACACCUCAGUUGUCAAUGCCAAACAAGCGUGUGGCAUAUAUGGAACAUAGACCAUGGCUGCAGCAAGGGCCUGUAUCAAACAGGAGAGCUGUAGAAAUGGGAUCUGUGCACAAUGCUCCAGGAUCACCUCGUUUGCCAGCGGCCAAUAAGAAAAUGGUAAAGCUGGAGUCCAUGGAGGCUGUGCAGAAUGUGCCAGGAUCUCCUCAUUCACCAGUGCCAAAUAAGAAAAUGGUAAAGAUGGAAUCCUUUUCUGGUAGGUCUGGGUCUCAGCGGUCUUCUAGUCAAAAGAAUCAAACACCGCGGAUACAACCAACUCGAAAGCUUCAAAAUGAAUCAUUUGAUUCUGUAAGGUCCAAGAUGAGGGAAUCGUUAGAGGCUGCAUUGGAAUUGGUUAACCAGCAGCAAGAUAAAUGCGUGGAUUCUAGAAAGAAGUCUCAGGGGGAGACUGGAGCAAUUCAGGGGCAAACACAGGAAGCUCCCCAGCCUGGCUCUCAUCCUGUUAAACCUGAAUCUGAAGAGCCUAAGGAGAAUUCUCCAUCCACUGAAACUUGUUCUAUUAUGAAAAGUAAUGAUGAAGGUGCGGGCCAAACACAUUUGGCUGAUGCAACUACAAAUGUUUCCACAUUGACCUCAAUAUGUGAUGGGAAUGAAUUCCAACCAAGUAAUAUUUUUCCUCAUGAAAAUGUUUCAUUUAGUGACAACUUGUUUGUCAAAGAUGAACUUUUGCAGGGAAAUGGGCUGUCCUGGGUUUUGGAUUCUGAAAUGGAAAUGGAAGAAAGGAAGGAAAUUCAACCUGCUGAAGAAGAAAUGUUGGAUCUUGAGGAAAUGGGUGGACCCCCAGAAGAACAAGUAGUUCAGUCUCCAGAAGAGUUGGCCUUUAGAAUUGAAGCAGAACUAUUCAAACUAUUUGGAGGUGUGAAUAAGAAGUAUAAAGAGAAGGGAAGGUCCCUUUUGUUCAAUCUAAAAGAUCGUAAUAAUCCAGAACUAAGAGAGAGAGUUAUGUCUGGAGAAAUACCUCCAGAACGAUUGUGUUCAAUGACUGCAGAAGAACUUGCUUCAAAGGAGCUUUCUGAAUGGCGGAUGGCAAAGGCUGAAGAGCUAGCACAAAUGGUUGUUUUACCAGAUUCGGAAGUUGAUAUGAGACGUUUAGUGAAAAAAACACAUAAGGGUGAAGUUGAAGUAGAACAAUAUGAUAGUGCUUCAGUUGAUAUUCCACUGGAUGCAACAUCGCAUAAUCAUAGUGAACCAAGAAGCAAGGAGACAGAAGUGUCUACCCCUUCGAAACCCAAUAAACCCAAGGACAAAGUGAAUGCUGCAGGUGAGAAGAGUAAUACAGAAGACAGAAGUGUCUACCCCUUUACCAUUCCUUCUACUGAAGCCACUGAUUUAAUGCAAGGCCUUAUGGUGGAUGAUGGAUUGAAGGAUCUUCCUCCAAUUGUCUCCCUAGAUGAGUUCAUGGAAUCCUUGGACACAGAGCCACCAUUUGAGAUUCUCCCUGAUAAAGUUACACCCACCUCAGACAGGGAUGACUCCGAGACAGUCUCUGAAUCGAAGUCUUCGGUAUCAAGUCCCAAGGAUACCGUUAAUGCCUCUCCACAGAAGGUUGAUGAUAGUUGCACAACAGAUACAAAGUCAGAUGCUGACUGGAAAACUGGUGGCGGUCCUGCUGUGAUAAAAACCGACAGUCCUACUGUGAUCAAAACUGAGAGUCCUGCUGUGAUCAAUACUGACAGUCCUGCCAGAAACAAAACUGACGGUCAUUCUGUUAUGAAAACCAGUGAUGGUGCAGAUAUAAAAUCCCAUGAUGUGAGUGCCGAUGUGAAAUCCAGUGGCAGUCCUGAUAAAUCAGUAUCUAGACUAGUUGGCACACCGAAGGGUGAACGUGUUUGGAGUGGCUCCCUGCAACUGAAUCUUUCACCCAUGGCCUCUGUUAUCGGAAUCUAUAAAAGCGGUGAAAAAACCAGUGCAAAAGAGUGGCCUGAUUGUCUUGAUAUCAAGGGAAGAGUCAGACUCGAUGCUUUUGAGAAGUUCCUGCAAGAGCUGCCACAAUCCCGAAGUCGUGCUGUCAUGGUCGUGCAUUUUGUUCCGGAUGAGGGGUCGUCGGAAACGGAAUGUGAAAGCAUUCGUGAGGUGGCUGACUCGUACGUAACGGAUGAGAGAGUUGGUUUUUCUGAGCCGUGUUCCGGCGUGGAAAUUUAUUUUUGCCCUCCCCAUAAUAAAACCGUAGACAUGCUCAGCAAGAUUAUUGAGAAGGGGCACAUUGAGGCACUUAACACUAUUGAUAAUGGCCUCCUUGGUGUUAUUGUCUGGAGAAAAUUAACUUCGCCGAAAUCCUCUCACCACAAACACAUUUCGAAAAAGCAACAGUUUUCUGCUGCUACUACUACUACUACAUCUUCUAGGAGACAGCAGCACGAUACCAACUACACAUCUAAGCCGACUCGGUCCCGGGCCUUACCUCCCACCCACACUACACCUGCACAGGAUGACGAUGACGACGAUGAUGUUCCUCCCGGGUUUGGCCCUGGUGCUUCUCGGGACGAAGAUGAUCUCCCUGAAUUCAAUUUCACCGGUGGGUCGAAUCAGUUUUCUGCCCAGAGGCCCUCAUCUAGGGGGCCUGGAAUGGCGGCGCCGCCCUUGUACCCCAAGUCGCAUACCCCUUCUCGCCCUGUAGAUCAAAUGAGAGAGCUGAUACAAAAAUAUGGACAAAACAAUAGUAGUAGUAGUAGUAGUAGUAAUACGUUUCAUCAGACUAGUAGUGUUGCAGUUCAUCCGUGGAAUGACGAUGACGAUGACAUCCCGGAGUGGCAGCCUAAUGUACCUUCCCAACCCCAAACUCAGUACCAGCGUUUGCAACCGCGGCCGCCGCUGAACAGUUACCAGCAACAAAUGCCGGGAGCCCAUAUGAGUUUAGCAAACCAGCCGCAGUCUCUUCAACCGAUGGCACCCAACGUACAAAAUCCUAAUCUUCCUGUGCAGCAAGGCUGGUGGGCUCCGCCACCACCGGCGCAGAGAGCUGGUCAGUUUUAUGGCGAACCAGAUAGAGGAACGGCUGCCCAGCCGGGUAUAGCCUGGCGGCAAAAUGUUCCUAAAAGUAGAGGGUUUUGAUUUUAUUUUAUUCUUCCCCCUUUUUUUUUUUUUUUUUUUUUGUAAAUUAAAUCGUUUCCUACCGUGUCAGGGAUAUUUUUCCUUGUGUAAUCGUUUUCCAAACACAAACGGGAGCUUUAAGCUUUGCUAGUGUUGUUAGACAAAGUAACCAUAAAGUAGGCAUUUAGCUGCA